AUGGAUUUUUCGCCUGCAUUUAGUGAUGUUCAUUCACAUCAAAGUGAUUUACAUUCAUCCCCAAUGUCUUUACCACCGUCAGCAACACCACGCAGUGUUGCACCAAAAGAAGAGUCAUAUACAGUAAACAUGGAUACAUUAACACAUCAAUAUCCACCAUUGAGUUCGAGAAUAACAACAAACAUGGGUCCACCACCGUCUGUUUCAUCCUAUCAUCCAAAUUCCGUUGCACCAUCAACACCAUUUUCAGCAGCAACACCAUAUACGCCACGGCCAGCUGAUGUUUCGCAUUUACAACCAAGUUUACAAAAUAUUGUAUCAACAGUUAACCUUGGUUGUCCAUUAGAUUUAAAACGUAUUGCAUUACAAGCUCGUAAUGCUGAAUAUAAUCCAAAACGUUUCGCUGCUGUCAUUAUGCGUAUUCGAAAUCCACGUACAACAGCAUUAAUAUUUGGUUCAGGAAAAAUGGUUUGUACUGGCGCUAAAAGUGAAGAAGACUCAUUACAAGCUGCACGACGAUAUGCUCGAGUCAUACAAAAACUUGGUUUUCCUGCUAAAUUUCGAGAUUUUAAAAUUCAAAAUAUGGUUGGCAGCGUUGAUGUUAAAUUUCCUAUUCGAUUGGAAGCACUUGUAUUAAAACAUUAUCAAUUUUGCAGUUAUGAACCAGAAUUAUUUCCUGGUUUAAUCUAUCGAAUGAUGCAACCAAAAAUUGUAUUACUCAUUUUUGUUUCUGGCAAAGUCGUAUUAACUGGAGCAAAAGUUCGACGAGAAAUUCAUGAAGCAUUUGAACUGGUACGUAGUCGUGGAACCGCUCGUGGACGGGGUCGUGGUCGAGGUCGAGGCAGUGCUCGAGGUACUAGCCGAGGCAGUGCACGAGGUACUAGCCGAGGCAGAGGGCGUGGUGCAGCUCGUGGUGGACGUCGGGGAGGUAGUCGAACAGGUUACCAACGACGCUCAAAUGCUGAUCAACAGCAAGCAACUCCAAUUGUUGACCUUGAUAUCAACAAUGAUCCAAAACCAUUUUUUGUCAAUGCAAGUGUAACAUUAGAUCAACAUAUUCAAGCACAGACAAGCAAUUUGCCACGCUAUUUAGCUACACUAUUUUCACUUGAUUCGAAUAGUGUUGAAAUAGGCCAAAAAGCUAAAGCUUGUGCACUAGCUGCUGCCUGGUGUCGUCAUGACCAUAAAUUAGCCAAUAAUCUCUUGAGACAUCGGCGUUUAUUUACUCUAACUGAAGUUCUCAAAGCAGUAACCAUGCUAGAUGCUGCUCGGCAAAUUCGUGUUUAUGAAAAAAAACUGAAACGUCUUGAAUUGAGCAAAACAAAAACAAAAGCGGUUAAAUUAGGAAAAAUAAAAAAUAACAUUGAUAAUUUAAAUAAACUUAAACCAACAAGUGGUUCAGCUAGUGGUGCUGUUGCACGACAUAUUCAACGUUGGACAAAAACAUUGACGAAGCAAGAAUUAGAAUACUUUGCUUUACAUAUGCCAACGGAACCAUGGAAAAAACUGGCUGAUAUUGUCCAUUUUCAUCCAGAAAAGGAUUUUCCUGAAUUACCAUGGUUUCUACCAUUCUGUUUUGGUUCACCAGCACCAGCUGAAACUAUGGUUGCACGUUGUCGAGAUAUAACAAAUGAAAAUGUGAAUGAUUUAUUAAAAGAAUUUUCUAUUCCAUAUUCACAUUUGAAACAAUUUAAAGAGCAUUUAAAUGAAGCAUCGAAAGCUAAAAUUGCUGCAAAAGAAGAUAAACUCGAUACGAUUCUAUGGUAUUAUGAAGAUCUUCAAUGUUCAGCUGUUGAUGAAAUUAUCAGUGAACGAUUACGUGAGGGCGAACAAAUUACUUUACCUUAUGGUAAAUUAAUGGAACGUCUUUUACUUUGUCGAAUGUUACGAGAUGGUAUAUCGUCAACUGCAGGACGAUAUGGACGCCGCAGUGAAACUCCAGCUGCUUCCAAUCAACCAUUACAUCCGGAUAAAGCAAAAUUUUAUCCAGACCUACUGCCAGCAGCACAAGCUCAACUUGAGAAAAUCAAACUACCAUUAGAAUCCCCCGUAGCUGUUAUUGGUGAUGCGUCAGGUUCAAUGGAAGUUGCUAUUCGUACGGCAACUAUUCUUUCGUCACUAUUGACGGCAAUUUGUUCCGCUAAACUUAACUUCUUCAAUGAUAAAGUAUUCGAAGCAGCUUUUGUCCCGAAAACUCUUGAAGAUGUUCUCUCAUUAGCGCUUGUAACAAAAGCUGAUGGAUCAACAGCAAAUGCUGCUGGCCUUGUACCAUAUUAUGAUGCUAAAGAAGUCAUCAAAACAUUUGUUAUGGUUACAGACGAAGAAGAAAAUGCUAAUGGUACGAUAGCUGACGGCUCAUCAAUGCGAUUUUUCGAACUAUUUAUGAAAUAUCGUGCUGAAGUUUAUCCAGCUAAGCUUGUAUUUAUUUCUUUUCUUUCUCAUCAGCAUGCUCAAGGUGAAAUGUAUUCCCAAUUUCAAAAUGCAAACGUACCGGAUGUUCUUCAAUUUAAAUUCAAUCGUGAACGCCCUGAUCUAACCAAAAUCGAUAAUUUACUUGGUGUUUUAUCAACAGGUUCUUCAGCUUCAUUUGAUACUAAUCUCGAACCAUUACAAGCAGAAUUUCAACAAAAUGGUAUUGAAGCUGUCAUAACACGAUUAAUUGAAAAACAAGAUGAAAAUUCUAUGGCAAUGGAUAUUGAUAUGGGUAAAACAACAGCUGGAAAUUAA